GAUCCAUUCUUCCCCUCGCCACCAGUCAACUGUUGCAGCAAUCAACUCCAGUUCAUUCGAUUUCAUUUCAUUCCGUUCGAUUCCAUUUUAUUUCGUUUAACUACCAGCGCCCAUCCACCAUGAAGUCCUUCUCCACGCUCCUCGCCAUCGCCGCCCUCCCCUCCGCCCUCGGCGCCGGAAACGUCGACGGGAAAACCUCCAACUCGUGCGCCUGCGAGGCCUUGCGGUACGGCUUCAACAUCAACUGCAGCGACCAGGCCGCCAUGAACGCCGCCAUUGCCGCCUUGGAGGCCAACAACUGCAGCAAGGACAGCGCCACCUGCAACGGUUCCACCGAGUGCAUCAAGAACUUUCUGAUCAUCCAGUCCCACCACGACCACUGCUUCCACGAGGAGGUCCCGGAGAUCAUCGAGACGAACAUCCACGUYUACGAGAACGUCUGCACGGACGCCCACUGCAACAUCAACAUGAAGUUCGACACGGAGGCCCGCAAGUGCCCCCCCGUGGACUGCGAGACUUCCGUAGGCGACGACGCCUGGCAGGUCAUGUCCGUCUCGAACUGCAAGGAGGACUGCUCCAGCUCGGACUGCGCGAACAACUUUCGGAUCAUCAAGGCCGUCCACGACUCGUGCCCCCGGGACACGCUCUCGACGGUGGUGGAGAUUGCCUACCACGACGUCGACGAGGCCUGCGACGCCUUUGGCUGCAACCUCGCGGUGGCCRCGSAMGACUCGAGCGASCUCAUCUGCGACGACCUCUCCUUCAUCUCGGCCGGGGAGGGCCCCCAGGGCACCGGGCUCGCCGCGGUCCUGGCCAGCGGGGUUGCCGCGGCCGCCCUCUUGUAGGCCCUGCCUCGCUUGGCAAUCCAUGGCGUCGCCGGUCAGGAACUUCCGGAGUGCACUGAUUUGUGAAAAA